AUGAAGCUUCAGCAAUGGUGCUCAGGAUGCCGGGUCUCGAGAGUCGCGAGCCUCUCGACUGGUCUACCGCGAUCAACUCUCCGCCUGUUCCGAGAGCGCAUUGAGCGUAAUACGCGCAAUCUCUCCGCAUCGUCCGUCGAUCGCUACCGUUCGCUUGAAACCCUCGAAGACGCCAGCAUCGAUACCUUUCGCACCCAUUAUUAUGCUCGCGAGAAGCCCGUCCUGUUUCCACGAUCGAAAUUCAAGGAGUUACCAGCCUUGAAGAACUGGUUUCAGAGCUGCACAGCCCCAGCUGGCGCUCCAGGCCCAUCCACAACUCGCCUCAACAUCGAAUACCUACAGAAGCAUGCCGGCGAUGCAUUUGUACCGCUGGAGCUUACCGAGCAAUCUCCGACCGACCGGUCAAGUGACCCGGAUUCGCAUGCUCAUGGCGGGACUGACGCCUUAAGCUUCCGACAGUUUCACGCGCCGCUGACAAUGUUUCUGGAAUGGAUGCGCACGGCAGCUACCUCACCACAAUCGAGUCGGUUGUACCUCGCUCAGUGCCAGCUCCUCGAUCUACCUCCAGUCCUACGACAAGACUUCCCAAUCCCAGAUAUCGUGGCACAGGCUGGCAAGGGUGAUGUGUAUGACACGAAUGUCUGGAUCGGACACCCGCCUACAUAUACUCCUCUACACCGUGAUCCUAAUCCGAAUCUUUUCGUUCAGCUCGCUGGGCGUAAGGUUGUGAGACUACUUGCUCCAAUGGAGGGACAGGCUGUAUUUUCUGCUGUUCGGCAGCGACUGGGCAAAAGUGGAGGGAAGGAAGCCGCGGCCUUUCGAGGCGAGGAAAUGAUGCAAGGACAGGAGCGUGCUUUACUGGAUGAGAUGGUGUGGGGUACCCCAGCGUCUGCUGAUACAUAUGGCGGAGUGGGAUACGAAGUUCAUCUUCGGGCCGCAGAUGGCCUUUUCAUUCCCAAAGGUUGGUGGCAUAGCAUCAAGGGAGUAGGAGAGGGCGUGACUGCAUCGGUAAGUGCUCAUCUGCAUGAUGACAGCGCCAGGUAA